AUGGCGCCCAAGGGCCACCAUGGCCUGGAUCGCUCUGAAGGCUAUGAAGGCAGCAUUCUCGCGUGUCGGCGAACGAGAGCGUGGCGAGCGGCUUUGUGUUUGAUUCAGCAUGCCGGCCAAGAAUCGGUGAGACCAAAUGCCAUUUGGCUGAAAACCGUGGCUGCAGCAUCCAGCAGCUGGGAGCAGAGCCUCUCCAUCCUGAAGUGGCUGCCACCGGAUCAGGCUGCAGCAAACAUUCGCAUUGCUUCUGGAUGCACGUGGGCAUCGGCGUUGUGCCAGCUGUUUGCGAUGCAACCUACCCGGAUAUGGCCUGAUGCGUACAGCUACAACAGUGCCAUGAAUGCUUGCAAGGAACACUGGAUCACGGCAGCGCGGCUUCUGAGAAUACAAGAGACGAUUUCAAUGGAUGUGGUAGGCUGUACCGCCGCGAUCACUGCAGCUGCACAAUCUACACGAUGGCGUUGCGCUGCAUCACUGGUUCACACCAUGGCCGUGUCGUCGGAGUUGUCUGAAGAGUUGUCCGAGCGUGGGCUGCGCAGCUUGUCUGCUUUGCUAAGCUCUUAUGACAGAGGGAGCUGUUGGCAGAAGGCCAGCAUGCUCUGGGAGAGACGACGUGGGACGCUGGACACGAUUGCAUGGAGUACAGUCAUCAGUGGUUGCAGCAGGGCAUCAGAAUGGGAGUUGGCCAUGAAGCGGUUGCUUAUGAUGCCAUUGGUGGCGCUUGUGCCUGACCUGAUCUCAUUUGCCACAACAAUGAAUGCGUGCAAGAAGAGCUGGCAGCAGAGCCUCGCCUUGCUGGACUGCGUGGACCAGACUAUGAUGCCAACAAAGAAUGUUUAUCACUUGCAGAUGAGCGGACUUGGAGAGGGCAUGCAGUGGUCAAAGGUCUUCUUGCUCAUGAGCAGGAUGGCAGCACGACGUUUGCCUGCGGCAGAGGAUUGCCGCAACGCUGCUAUUGGUGCCUGUCAUGCGCAAUGGUCCAAGGCACUUCAGGUCCUUGCAGAGAUUCCGAUCGCUAAGCUCAAGCUAGACCUGAUCGGGGCCAACUCUGCAAUUUCAUCGGUCGAGAAAUGGCAUCUGGCAGUGCAACUCUUCAUUCGACAGUUGCAGUCAGGCUUGGUCCCUGAUUCCGUGAGCUUUGCCUCAGUGGCAAUGGCGCUCACUGCCUGGGAGACGGCUUGCGAACUCCUGCAUCAGAUGCGCCUGAGGCGGGUGUUCGUGACUGAGAUCGUUCAGAAUUUGGUAAUGUCUACAUUUUCUACCUGCCAAGGGUCCAGUUGGAUUCAGGCACUGAAGUUGUUCGAGCAGAGCCCUGCCACAUCACUGCCUCCUGACGUCCUUGGUUUUAACGCCGCUAUUAGCGCGUGCGGAACAGAGUGGUGCCUCCCCUUCCAUCUUUUACGUGCUAUGCAAGACCUUCAGACGAGGUCACCGAGGUCGAGGGUGGCACCGAGCUUGGUGUCUGUGAGUGCCACCGUUGCUGCUUGCGAAAAAUCUGCCCAGUGGGCCGCAGCUUUGGACUUGCUUGGCAUUCUGACCUCUUGCCGGCUCCGAAACGCAAGCGAUCCGAAUGGCUCGGGCCGGGGUCUGUCGAGCGCGAGUUGCACAAUCCCCUUUAACGCGGCCAUCUCCGCCUGUGAGAAGCGCGCUCUUUGGCGACGUGGGCUUCUGCUGUUGCGGCCAAUGUGUCGGGAGAACCCUGUUCCCAACGAGAUCACCUUCAAUGCUCUAAUUGGAGCAUGCGAUCGAAGCAUUCGAGAAACAGCGGAGAUAUAG